AUGCCAAGCAACAGCAACAACAACAACAACAAGGCCACGGCCAACAACAACAGCAACAAAGACCCUGGGGUCACCCACGGGCACACCCUCUUCCGCCCUCGUGCCGUCGACACCACCGACGAGGAGAUAGCUCAUCUCCGUGCAGAGGGAAGGGAGAGGGUGGCAAGAAGAGAGCAGGAGCAAGCAGAGACCGAGGCCGCCAACAGGGCCGAAACCAGGUCAAUGGCCAAGGCCAGAGUAGAGAAGGAGUCUGCUGCCGCCAAGGUCAAGCAGGAGGAAGGGGUGAAGGUCAAGGAGGAGGAGAACAACGACCAGUAUUCUGGAUGGUUCUGGAGGUGAUGAUGGCUCUGCUAUGGGCGUGUAGGAGUAGCUGAAAUGAUACCUUGGAUGCUC